ACUGGUUCGCAAAUCAAGUGUCGUUUGGAUCGUAGCGCGCACGUACCAAAUAACAAAAACAAAAACACAUAAAGAAACUGAAACUUAAGCAGAGAGAGAGAAAAAAAAACACAUCGCAAGUCUGUCAACGGUCGUCAAGGCGUUAAGUCGACGUCGCGCUGUGCCGUGUUGUUUAUAUAUGCUAGCGACAUUUAUGUUGUUUAGUACAGACGAGCGUUAACAAAAGGGCAGCACACCGUUAGCCAAGCAAGAAAGAGAACAAAGCAAAAUGUACAAACAUGUCGUUAAGCAGCAAGAGCAGCGAUUGCAUCUGCUGCUGAUGCUGCUGUUGGGUCUCAUCUUUGGCGGCUGCAUCUCGCGUCUGCUGCAGCUGGCACGGCGCGAAUUCUCCAGCAAUGGCAGCGCCUCAACUGAUGCCAGCAGCAACGGACAGACUGCACAUACCCUGUACCGCUGGAGGAUGCCCUCCGAUCACAAUGGGAGCCAGCGGAUACUCUGCAUGGUGACGGUGCGACCGGUGGGUAAGAAGCGACAGGUGCACAUUGAGAACACCUGGGGCAAGCGAUGCCACAAGCUGCUCAUCCUAAAUGGCAACAAGAAUCAGCAACCCAACAACAGCAGCCGCAGCAGCAGCACCACCAGGUGGAGCAGCAGCAGUAUCUCUUGGGGUCGCACUCGGGAAUAUCUGCAUCAUGUCUAUACGCAUUAUCAUGGGCAAUACGACUGGUUCCUCAUGGUGACCGAUGAAACCUAUGUGAUCAUGGAGAAUCUGCAACAUUUGCUGAUCGACUACUCGCCCGAACUCCCCAUCUACUUUGACAGCUUUACUUAUACGCAAAAGGAAAAUCAUACGAGAGGUGGCUCAGGUGGGAAUUUGUUUAGCAGAGAGGCGCUGCAUCGAUUUGUGACUCUGGGCCAUGGUAAUAGCACCAUUUGCAGCAGUCACAAUUAUGGCCUUAAGCAUGUGGAGAUUGCGCGCUGCUUUCGAAAUGUGGGCGUGACUCUUGGCAGCAGCAGCGAUGCGCACGGACUGCCGCUGUUCGUGAACAAACUUGUGAAUAUUACACUCGGCUGCUGCUCAAAGUCGGCCAUAACAUUUAACUGUGUGACUAUUAAAUGUUUUUAUGUCAUGGAAUAUAUGGUUUAUAAACUACGUCCGUUUGGCUUGAGUUGAACGUAUGGAAAUUUCGGAAAUGGUCAUCUCAAGUAAAGGACUGCAUCAAACUAUGCCAAAGACAUAGCCUCAUUUAAAGUUGUCUGGAUUACAUUACAUAUAUAGUAUACACUGUGAAACUCCCUCUAGAAAUAGCUAAUAGAAUAUCUGUAAAAAUUGAUACAAGUAAACUCCAUUAGCUUUUCUUUUUGAAA